AUGGAAAAAAAGAUAGUGCGCAAAGGGCCGCUGCCUGGAGGUCGCCAGGGCGCGUCUGGAGCUGGCGCUGGACGCGACAGCAUGCGGGCCGCCAGCCGAGCGCGGGGUGUUGCAAGACCACCUAGCAGCCCCCCGCAUCCAUCAUCCCCACCAGAAGGCUUGGUGUCGGCUGGGUCUUCUCGGACUCAGCAAGCGGCACCCGCCGCUGGUGGAGCACGUCGCAUGGGUUGGUCUAAAUCAAUGAAUGAAAACGCACUGCGGGCGUAUUUUAGGGCAAAAGGGGGAAGAAACUGGAUGUUUGGCGUAUCGGGCUCGGAUGCAUCGCUUUUUUGCAGAGCUGGAGCCAUCUCUACUGUCACUGAGCAAAACCUGGCAGACCGAGUUAGGUACAUCCUGCGCUCCAACAUAUUUGGUGACGCCGAACUCGAGCGACUACGACGUGAGGCUAUUCCUUCAUCGAAUGGAAAUGCUACGGCUGGGAAUGCGGCGCCACUAGAUGCGCAACAAACUGCAUAUGUGGAUGCUGUCGUCAACAUUCAAUUUGUGGCUAAUUCAGACGAUGAUGAAAUAGUCUUCCACGAACUAGAGAAAAUGAGGAGCAUAUUGGAAGAGUCGAUGCUGGAAACGCGCAGCAUGCCUCUCGAAAAUCGACCGCGACUUCCCCCGCAUACCCCUUAG